AGGUCUCAGGUCAGGGUCCAGCAGGCCUUGACCUGAUGUGUGGAGCCAGAGCCACCCAAUCCCAUAGGGACAGAUUUCACAACUUCCCGGAUGGGGCUGUGGUGGGUCACAGUGCAGCCUCCAGCCAGAAGGAUGGGAUGGUUCCCACUCCUGCUGCUUAUGACGCAAUGCUUAAGGGUUCCUGGGCAGCGCUCGUCAUUGAAUGACUUCCAGGUGCUCCGGGGCACAGAGCUACAGCACCUGCUACAUGUAGAGGUGCCUGGGCCUUGGCAGGAGGAUGUGGCAGAUGCUGAAGAGUGUGCUGGUCGCUGUGGGCCCUUACUGGACUGCCGGGCCUUCCACUACAAUGUGAGCAGCCAUGGUUGCCAACUGCUGCCAUGGACUCAACACUCGCCCCACACGAGGCUGCAGCGUUCUGGGCGCUGUGACCUCUUCCAGAAGAAAGACUAUAUACGGACCUGCCUCAUGGACAAUGGGGUUGGGUACCGGGGCACCGUGGCUACAACCUCGAGUGGCCUGUCCUGCCAGGCUUGGAGCCACAAGUUCCCGAAUGAUCACAAGUACACACCCACACUAAGGAAUGGCCUGGAAGAGAACUUCUGCCGUAACCCUGAUGGUGACCCGGGAGGUCCUUGGUGCUACACGACAGACCCUGCCGUGCGCUUCCAGAGCUGUGGCAUCAAAUCCUGCCGGGAGGCCAUAUGUGUUUGGUGCAAUGGCGAGGAUUACCGUGGCGCGGUGGACCGCACUGAGUCAGGGCGCGAGUGCCAGCGCUGGGAUCUCCAGCACCCACACCAGCACCCCUUCGAGCCGGGCAAGUUCCUUGACCAAGGUCUGGAUGACAACUAUUGCCGGAAUCCUGACGGCUCCGAGCGGCCCUGGUGCUACACUACAGAUCCGCAGCUCGAGCGAGAGUUCUGUGACCUCCCCCGCUGUGAGUCUGAGGCACAGCCCCGCCACGAGGCCACGACUGUCAGCUGCUUCCGCGGGAAGGGUGAGGGCUACCGGGGCACAGCCAAUACCACCGCCGCGGGCAUACCUUGCCAGCGUUGGGACGCGCAGACCCCGCAUCAGCACCGAUUUGUGCCUGAAAAAUAUGCGUGCAAAGACCUUCGGGAGAACUUCUGCCGGAACCCUGAUGGCUCAGAGGCGCCCUGGUGCUUCACACUGCGGCCAGGCAUGCGUGUGGCCUUUUGCUACCAGAUCCGGCGUUGUGCGGACGAUGUGCGGCCCGAGGACUGCUACCAUGGCACAGGGGAGCAGUACCGUGGCACCAUCAGUAAGACCCGCAAGGGUGUCCAGUGCCAGCACUGGUCCGCUGAGAUACCGCACAAGCCGCAGUUCACGUCUACCUCCAAACCACAUGCCCAACUAGAGGAGAACUUCUGCAGGAACCCAGACGGGGAUAGCCAUGGGCCCUGGUGCUACACAAUGGACCCAGAGACCCCAUUUGACUACUGUGCCCUGAGACGCUGCGUUGAUGACCAGCCGCCAUCAAUCCUGGACCCUCCAGACCAGGUGCAGUUUGAGAAGUGUGGCAAGAGGGUGGAUCGGCCAGAUCAGCGUCAUUCCAGGCUGCGUAUGGUGGGGGGCCAUCAAGGCAACUCACCUUGGACAGUCAGCUUGCGGAAUCGGCAGGGCCAGCAUUUCUGUGGGGGGUCUCUAGUGAAGGAGCAGUGGAUACUGACUGCCCGGCAGUGCUUCUCUUCCUGCCAUAUGCCUCUCACGGGCUAUGAAGUGUGGCUGGGCACCCUGUUCCAGAACCCACAGCCUGGAGAGCCAGGCCUACAGCAGGUCCCAGUGGCCAAGAUGGUGUGUGGGCCCUCAGGCUCCCAGCUUGUCCUGCUCAAGCUGGAGAGAUCUGUGACCCUGAACCAGCGUGUGGCCCUGAUCUGCCUGCCCCCUGAAUGGUAUGUGGUACCUCCAGGGACCAAGUGUGAGAUUGCAGGCUGGGGUGAGACCAAAGGUACAGGUAAUGACAGAGUCCUAAAUGUGGCCUUGCUGAAUGUCAUCUCCAACCAGGAAUGUAACAUAAAGCACCGAGGACGUGUGCGGGAGAGCGAGAUGUGCACUCAGGGACUGUUGGCCCCUGUGGGGGCCUGUGAGGGUGACUACGGGGGCCCACUCGCCUGCUUUACCCACAACUGCUGGGUCCUGGAAGGAAUUAUAAUCCCCAAUCGAGUGUGCGCAAGGCCCCACUGGCCAGCCGUCUUCAUGCGUGUCUCUGUGUUUGUGGACUGGAUUCACAAGGUCAUGAGACUGGGUUAGGCCCAGCCUUGAUCCCAUAUGCCUUGGGGAGGACAAAACUUGUCAGACAUAAAGCCACCUUUCCUCUUUA